CGCCGUAUUUCAUUCAGACCCUUCGCGGCCCUUGUGAAAAGGUCCAUACACUGCCAUGGACAGAGUUACAGUUGUGACAUAUGGUUUAGGACUUCUGGGUUUGCUACUUCUGCAAGGAAUGAUCAUUGUGGAGGGGAGGAGUACGUUUAACUCUGGAAACCAUGUUUUUGAUCUCAAAGAGGGUGAAGACGUUCAGAGCAAGAUCCUAGCUCUAUUAAUACGCAAAAGCUUAGUUCCUGUUCCAAAAGAUGAUUCGCUGGGUGCAGAGCUGGGCAAUAAAUUAGCUGAGCUGGAGGAGCUGCGGGCUCUGAGGGAGGACCUGGAACUGGAGAGCAAGAUUAAGGCUAAUUUGGCAGAAGGCAAAUCCACUUCCAGAAAGCGAGGUGAACCUUGCUUCUGGAAGUACUGUGUCUGACGGAUGGUUUAAGAGGACUCCCGGUGAAUACUUGCUGCAAAGCCCGACAUAGCCUUAAAACCUGCAACACCAGUAAAUCUAAUCCCAAUAUAUUUAUUCCAGCAAUAUGGAGUUACACCACAGUCCGUCUCAUCAAUAAAAAAUUUCAUUUUUGUGCACUAAAGUCCUUUCAUCAAAGAUGUGAAUGUUGAAUGUGUAAAUAAUCAGCUGGAAAUACUUGAGAGUCAAAUAUGGCCAAAAUGUACAGAACUCUAGGGACGUGAUGGUAUUUCACAUUGGAUUUUAGUUUGUCAGCAUCUGGUGUGUUUGUCACCCUCCUGUGGGACCGGGUGGAACAUUUUGUACACCACCGCCAGCAAUCGCCUCACCUGUCACU